CGCCGGGCAGCUCAUUUUAUCUCCCUUCGGAUUGGUUCGUUACCGCACUUUGACAAGGAAUUGCUGUUCGGCUGAAUUGAAACUGCUUCAAAACAUAAUAGCGUUUUGCCGUUUGGAAUACCGACAAGAUGUCUGAGGAGCGAUCUGAAAGAUCUGAUGGGAAGAUUGUGAAGAUGGAGAUAGACUACAGUUCUACUGUAGAUCAGCGGCUCCCUGAGUGCGAGAAAAUGGCUAAAGAAGGCAAACUACAAGAGGCAGUUGAGAGUCUGCUGUCGUUAGAAAAGCAAACCAGAACGGCAUCCGACAUGGUUUCCACCUCCAGAAUCCUUGUGGCUGUGGUCCAGAUGUGCCAUGAAGCAAAGGAUUGGGAUGCACUGAAUGAAAACAUAAUGCUGCUCUCAAAAAGACGAAGUCAGCUAAAACAGGCUGUUGCUAAAAUGGUACAAGAAUGUUACAAGUACGUGGACACUGUGAAUGACCUCACAAUCAAGCUGCGGCUCAUUGACACACUUCGCACAGUGACUGCUGGAAAGAUCUAUGUGGAGAUUGAGCGUGCAAGGCUGACAAAGACGUUGGCCGGAAUCAAGGAGCAAAGUGGAGAUGUCAAAGAGGCUGCUUCCAUUCUUCAGGAGCUCCAGGUUGAGACCUACGGCUCAAUGGAGAAAAAGGAAAAAGUGGAGUUUAUCUUGGAGCAGAUGAGGCUCUGCAUUGCAGUCAAGGACUAUAUUCGCACACAGAUUAUCAGCAAGAAGAUAAAUACUAAGUUCUUCCAAGAGGAAGGCACAGAGGAGCUGAAGCUGAAGUACUACAAUCUGAUGAUUCAAGUGGAUCAGCAUGAGGGCUCCUAUUUGUCCAUCUGCAAACACUACCGGGCCAUCUAUGACACUCCGUGCAUCUUGGAGGAUAGCAGCAAGUGGCAGCAGGCCCUGAAGAGUGUGGUGCUGUAUGUGAUCCUAGCUCCAUAUGACAAUGAGCAGUCGGAUCUUGUGCACAGAAUCAGUGCGGAUAAGAAGCUGGAAGAAAUUCCAAAAUACAAAGACCUACUGAAGCAGUUCACCACAAUGGAGCUGAUGCGCUGGGCCGCCCUGGUUGAGGAUUAUGGGAAGGAGCUGAGAGAAGGCUCCCCUGAUAGCCCUACCACUGAUGUCUUCUCUUAUUCUGAAGAAGGAGAAAAAAGAUGGAAGGACCUCAAGAACAGAGUUGUUGAACAUAACAUAAGAAUCAUGGCCAAGUAUUACACCAGAAUCACAAUGAAAAGAAUGGCUGGACUCCUUGACCUCUCCAUUGAUGAAUCUGAGGAGUUCCUCUCCAGUCUUGUUGUGAACAAGACCAUUUACGCUAAAGUCGAUCGGCUGGCUGGAAUCAUCAACUUCCAGAGGCCGAAAGAUCCGAACGACCUGCUCAACGACUGGUCACACAAACUUAACUCCCUCAUGUCUCUGGUCAACAAGACGACACAUCUCAUUGCAAAGGAGGAGAUGAUCCACAAUCUCCAGUAAAACAUAAAUAGCUGUAAUGUUUCUAUUGAUAGGUUCCCCCCCCUCCCCCCAUCUGUUUUCUUCUUUUUUUUUUUUUUGCAGUACAUUUGAUGUGUCUAUCUAAGAGUGCCAGUGCUCUGUGUACACCUGUCUGAAAUAACUGAUUGUCCUCACACUAUUGUCCUUCAGCUAUUAUGCCAUUUUAUUAUAGCUGUCUUCAAUAUUUUGGGGAAAUGUGUGAUCGUUAUAAAUAAACCGACAUUUGUAUAAAUUAUGUCAACUGUCAAUUGAUCUGAUUUAAAAUGACUGAUCUCAGAAGAAGUGGUGCAUGUGCAGAUGUUUCCGUUCCUCUGGGUGUCACUUUAAGUCCCUGUAAGAAGUAGCGAAUUAAGUUACAUUUGGAUGCAAAUUUGGCAUAUCUCGGAUUUUACACAUUAAAAGUAAACUUCUGCAUGUGAUACCUUUUCACAGUACAGUAAGGCAAAAGUAAAUAUAUUUAGUAUUGAUUUUUUUUUCUCAUGAAGGCUUGGCCCUGUUAACCUGCUGCAUAUAUAUGUAGUUAUGCGAGAUGAAGAAGGCAAGGAACAAUAUCUGUACAAAUCAAAUUUCAAAAUAAAAUUUUAGAGUGUAUAUUUCAUUUAGGAUAUUCAACUCUUGACGAAGAACACUAUUAUCGGGGUAAAGCUGUAAAUGUGUGUGUUGUUUACGUGACCAAAAAAAGGCCCAUAAU